AUGGACCCCCAUAGCUUCAUAGCACGGGCGGAAGCGCAACGAUGGCUCGGCAUCGCCGAGAAGCUGCUCAUGGGCCAUGACCUCGUCGGCUCCAAGACAUUUGCGAUCCGAGCACGAGAUUCCGAUCCCAGACUCGAAGCUGCUGAACAGAUCCUAGCAAUUGCCGAUACGCUCCUCGCCGCCGAAAAACGAGUCGUCGGAAACAACGGCGCUCAGCAGCCGGAUUACUACGCGAUUCUCCAGCUCGUCAGGUUUGUUCAGGAUACAGACCACAUCGCCUCGCAGUUCCGGCGGCUUGCCGUUAUACUAAAUCCUCACCAAAACAGGUUUCCUUACUCCGAUCAAGCUUUUCAGCUUGUGAAUGAUGCUUGGGCUGUGUUGUCGAACCCUAUGCGGAAAUCUAUGUAUGAUUCGGAGCUUGAUUUUCCGCCGCAACAACAGAUGAAUACUAUAGGGUUUAACCUCGAACAACAGCACCACCACCAACAACAGCAUCACCACCAGCAACAGCAGCAGAGUCAUCAGCAGCAUAAUUUUUUUUCGAUUAAUCACAUGGGGUCGAGUCAUGAGCAGGAUUUGCCGGAGCCACAACAGACAUUUCAAACUAGGGUUCAACAGAGUCAUCAACAGCAGCAAUUGCAGCAGCAUAAUUUUCUGUCACAACCGAGUCCGGUAAGGCAAGAGCAACUAUUUCAGCAUCGUGAACAGGAACAUCUGUUUCAGCCUCAAGCACAACCUUUUCAAGUGUCAUCUCCGCCGCAUCAGCAAGCUAGACAACAACCACAACCUCCUCCGCCUCAGGUACAGCCUUUUCAAGUUACAUCUCCACCACAUCAGCAAAGUAGACAGCAACUACAACCUCCUAAACGUGAGCAGGAGCAACUGUUUCACCACCGGGAGCAAGAACAACUGUUUCAGUCUCAAGCACAACCUUUUCAAGUUGCAUCUCCACCCCGGCAGCAAACUCGACAGCCAUCACAACCUCCUCCUCCGCCACAGGUACAACCUUUUCAAGUUGCAUCUCCACCCCGGCAGCAAACUCGACAACCAUCACAACCUCCUCCACCACAGGUACAACCUUUUCAAGUCACAUCUCCGCCACACCAGCAAACUCGACAACCACAACAACCUCCUCAGCCGCAGGUACAACCUUUUCAAAUUACAUCUCCACCACAUCACCAAACUAGACAACCACAACAGCCUCAGCCUCAGCUUCCUCAGCCACAGGUACAACCUUUUCAAGUUACAUCACCGCAUCAGCAUCAGCAUCAGCAAAUCCGACAACCAUCACAACCUCCUCAGCCACAGCCACAGCCACAGCCACGUAUGCAAUCACCAAGUCCCCCUCCGCCUGCAGCAGCACCACAACCCCCUUUUUCUUGGACACAAGCACCACCACAGCAGCAGCAGCCUCCCCCUUCACAGCCACAGCCACAACCUCAGCCGCCCCCUCCUCAAUCACGGCCUCAACCUCAACCUAUACCUCAGCCUCAGCCUAAGCCACAGCCACAGCCACAGCCGCCCCCUCCCCAAUCCCUUCCCCAGACCCAAUCACCGCCUCCACCAGUCCAAUCCCGUCCCCAAUCACAACCACCACCACCCCAACCCCGGCCUCAGCCACCUCCAGAGCCACAAGUGCAGCAACAUCAACAGCAUUUGCAGCCCCAACCACAGCAACAACUCCAGCAGAAGCAAGAACAGCUCCAACCCCCACCCCCACCCCAACAACAAGAGCAAGAGUCUCAAGUACAUAAAGCUGCUCCUAUGGAGCUUCCUGCUCAAGUCAACAGUGACAAUGGUGUAAUGGAAGAAGAAAUAGAAACAGAAGCUGAAGAAGAACCUGAUGAAACUGUAGACAAUUCCCCCACCUUUUGGACUUCAUGUCCUUUCUGUUACUACAUGUAUGAAUACCCAAAAGUUUAUGCCGAAUGUACCCUCCGUUGUGACCACUGUCAAAGGGCAUUUCAAGCUGUACGUAUCCCCCACCCACCACCCAUAACAGAAGGCCAAGAAGCAUAUUUCUGUUGUUGGGGUUACUUCCCAUUAGGUGUUUCCAUGUCACAUCUUGAUAAAAACAACACCCAAAGUAACAAAAAGACUUGGACACCCUUUUCACCUAUGUAUAAUCCCUCAACUAAUAUCCAAAUCCAAAACCAAAACCAAAACCAAAACCAAAACCAAAAACAGAACCAUUUAAAUGGUAAAGCGGCCCCGAAGGAGAAUACUUUUGUUAACAAAAGUUCGGGGCCGCGUAUCCACCUUGAUGCUAUUGAUGAUAUUACAGAUGAUGUGUUCAUGGAAGUCUCUAAACAAAGUUCCGAUUCCGGUUCCGGUUCCGGUUCUGGUUCCGAUUCCGAUUCCAAUGCCAGGAAAAAGAUGAAGAAAGAUCUGAAAUUGGAAUUCGAAAACAGGGUGCGAGAUGUUGGUAUUAGUGCACGGGAUGCUAAAAAUGAAAUCUUGAAGAAUCUUGGAAAUGGGAUGGGAGUUCAAGAGAGUGGGAAUCCAAGAAGGGAAUCGGGAAGGGUUGGAAAGGAAUUGGGGAAGUUGGAUUUGAAUGUGGAAUUCAACAAUAAUGAAGGGCAUGGACAUGGGCAAGGAGAGGAUAAUAAUGUUGAAGGGAAUGGAUUCUUUGAAGGACUUGAUGAGUUUUUAAGCAGUUUGCCAAUACUUUCUGUUGUGAAUGAAGAAAAGGUUAAAGCUGUUUAG